GUACAGAUAAACCUCAUAGCACACCCACUCACACUUUCUGGUAUUCUAUUUGCUCCAUUGGGAUAUCAGACUCUCCUCCGGCAAUGGCACUUUUGCGCUUUGCCGCUGCUAUUAUUUUAGUGAUAUCCUGUUUUUCAAGUAACCCCCAAGCCUUGUCCAUUGAAAGGAAUCCGCCUCGCCAUGUCACUUGGAUAGAAAAUCUGUCCCUUGUAACAGCAUCAAAUAACUUCGAUGCAUAUUCAGAUUUUGAAUUAUUGUUCAAUCUACAUGGAGAAACCCAGAAAAUAAAGCUGCAACUUGUGCCCAACCAUGACAUCCUCUCAAACUCGGCCUCAGUGCAAUUCCUUCGACAAGAUGGGACCAUGUCCCCCAUGGAACCCAUUCGGAGAUCCCGCCAUUUCGUCUUCAAAGGGAAUUCCUUCGUACAUGAAACCGCUAGCAACCAAUGGAGAGAUGUUGGAACAGCCAGGAUAUCUAUUCGAGAGCACGAAGACGGGCGCCUUUUCGAGGGUACAUUUACUAUCGACAACGACCGGGUUCACGUCCAGAUGGACUCGACAUUUCGCAAAACCCAGAAUCCAGACCAUGCUUUCCAGUGCAAUCCAGGAAAACCGUUCCUGGUGGCAUGGAGAGACAGUGAUGCUCAUACGCUUGAGCCUCGGGGCGAUGAGGGUCAGGGAGAAGCUAGUGAUGAGCUGAGAUGUGGAACGGACAACCCCUCGAAUGCAGUCCGACGCUAUCUAUCACGCUCGCCUGGUCGUGAAUUCGGCGGAGAUCUCACAGAUACUAUUGGUUCUACAACCGGAUGCCCAUCGUCAAGACGCAUUGCUCUGCUGGGCAUCGCGACUGAUUGCAGUUACACUGCAGACUUCUCAUCCACAGACGAGGUUCAAGCGCACGUCGUCGCGCAUAUCAAUGCAGCAUCCCAAGUCUACGAAGACACCUUCAACAUCUCGCUGGUCAUACAGAACCUGACAAUCUCCGAUGCGAACUGUCCCUCUUCUUCAUCUUCCCAGUUAGACUGGAACCGCGCUUGCGGCGGGAGUACUGAUACUCGAGAUCGUCUAAGUCGCUUUUCGCUGUGGAGAGGCGAGUUGAGUGAUGAUAACGCACUCUGGACGCUGUUGAGUGCAUGCCGCACGAGCUCUACGGUGGGCGUCUCAUGGCUCGGCGAGGUCUGCCGUCAGGGAUCCAGCUCGUUUCAGCAAAGCGGUACCACGCAGACUUCGUCAUCGACCAACAUCGUUCUCAGAAAUAGCCAAGAGUGGCAGGUCAUCGCGCAUGAGAUCGGUCACAGCUUUGGUGCAUCCCACGAUUGCACGGCUGGAACUUGCACUGAUGGAACAUCUAGCUCACAAGGGUGCUGUCCUCUGAGUGCAAGUACUUGCAACGCAAAUGGGCAAUACAUUAUGAAUCCUGCUGCCGUAUCUGGGGUUACAAAUUUUUCGCCUUGCACCAUCGGCGCGAUUUGCUCAGCGAUCGGCCGAGGAUGGAUAGACACGAGCUGUCUCAGGGACAAUGACGAAGUCACUGUUAUUACCGGGCCUUCAUGCCCCAACGGCACAACCGAAGAAAACAUCCCAGGCUGUACUGUCCAGACUACCUCGCGGCCAACUAGCGGUGGUGAUGACCCGCUCGACAACGACUUUGGAAGAACCAACAACUCUGGAAGAAGUUGGUUUGACCGAAACAGAACCACGGUCAUUGUAGUUGCUUCUGUGGCCGGUUCAAUUUGCCUUCUUGUUGUUGUGUGGUGCAUCUGGUGUUGCGCCCGACGGAAGAAGUCAGCAAACCUGCUUGUAAAGCAGCAGGAAGUCAUCUCUCCACGACCAGUGCGUUAUGCAUAAUCAUUUUAGUUCAGUGUCAAUUUUGGACACAUGGUGCGGCGUUCACGGCUUCCCAGCUUGAAUCUUAGAGUCAAUUCAUGAAAUGGGUGGUUUUCAGCAUUUAGUUAGUGUACAACAGUUCAACAAGAAAGGGAACAUGCGCAUACUGCCAACCAUCUUGGUUGCACCCAGUACAGAAACAAUCAAAAGUGUAUUCAUCAC